AUGGGGAAAGCGUGGGAAUGGAUCACCAGCAACAAGCGGCUCAGGAAGAAGGCCUUUCAGACCGCCGUCGAGUAUGCCGUCAAGGCUACGCCGAUCGUUCAGACAAUCGAAGCUGGACUUAGGAGCACCAAGCAGUUUAUGGGUGAUGCCAGUACCGUCGCGAGCGAGGUAAACGACAUGGUUUCAAAAGCCAAAGAGUUCAUACCUUCCAUGCAGGUGAUUGGGGGAUCAAUGGCCGACUCGGCCAGGAUCUUUGUCAGUUUCAACAUGAUCGCGACGGCUGCUGGCAUCGCUACCAACGUCGUCUUGACAUACCAGGGAAUCAAGGUCCUUCAGCUCAUAGACGCCCGCCUCAAAGACAUGGCUACCAGCCUGGCAGCCCAGACAGCCCUCAUCGCACAAAAGGAUUUCCCGCCAUACGUCCACGACAUGAUCCGGGAAAGAGUCACGCAAACCUCGCUCGACCCUGUCUGCGAUCACUGGUUCUUCGUCUACCACCCCGACAACGACUGGUAUCCGGGCUUCUACCACCUUUUGGAGAAGGAGCCGAUCGGCCCGGGGUUUUGCGGCUACACGAACCAGAUCGACACGGCCUUUGUCUUCAUGCUCGCCGCCCGGCGACACAUCGAAAAGAGGGAACGUCGAGCCCGGGAGGAGGGCCGAACCGUCCGCCCAACAAGGUUGCAUCUCUUGAUCCCCGCCUACCAGCCCAUCCUGAUCCUCGAGGCGCUCAAGAUCCCGCCCGAAAUCGGCGACUUUGUCAUGGAGGGCCGCAUCAACAGCAACACGCACUUUGUCUGGCUCAACCUGCCCGAAGACCAAAAGUGCUAUGUUCAGGACAUUGGCCAUUUCGCACCACCGAACCAGGGGUGGUUCUCCUGGUUCAUGUCGGGGCUUGGAUUGUCAGAGAAGCCACCUAAGUUGGGUGAACGGAGGGUCUUGGGGACCAAGCAAGGGUCAACAACAGGUGCCGACGCCAAUGCCGCCGUUGCAGAUGCAAAUAACGAGGAGGAACCCGAAGGGGAGGAGAAUCGUGCCGAGAAUAAACGACACCGCGCCACGCCUCUUGGGCAACAGUAUCGACGACGCCGCGGAACGCGUCAUGCCGAAGACAAGGGGAGACGUCGAAACGGCGAACCUACGGCAAAGGACUCCCGCAACGGGGGAAGGGGGCCGAUGAGGCCCGCAUGA